AUAAGUUACGAAAGAAAGAAAAUGGCGGACGGAAAAGGAAAGAAAGGGAGGGAUUUUUACGAGAUCUUGGGGAUUGAGCGAACAGCCAAUCAAGGACAAAUUAAGAGUGCAUAUAGACGACUGGCCAUGAAAUAUCAUCCGGAUAAAAAUCCGGGAAAUGAAGAGGCGUCAGAGAAAUUCAAAGAAGUUUCAACAGCCUAUGCUGUUCUGUCUGAUCCAAACAAGAAGCGUCAGUAUGAUAUCCAUGGAGAGGAGGGAUCAGUGGCCGAUCUUGGAUCCAUCAAUGUCGAGGAUUUGGGUACAGUGGGAAGACUUUUUGGGGCUUUGAUCAGCAAGGCAGGGAUCCCUGUCCCAACUGAAAUUACUCAAAAAGUUCUCACUGGGGCGCAGCAUCUCGGUAAGGGAUUGACAGAUGUCCCCGGGUUUGAUGUUCCCAAGGUAGAAGAUCUGCUUUGGGGUCAAACUGUUACAGGAACAGUCGAAAGACAAGCUGCUCAUUUCUUUAGAAUAACUGUUACAGAGGCGGACUUGAAGAAUGGUGUUAUAAUUCGUUGUAGUUCUACUGGGAAGGAUAAAUUCAAGAUUGUAUUCUUUGACCAGGAGGGACAUGUCACUAUGGUUGAAGAGAGUCAACAGAGUAAGAGGGCAUCAGAGGCAAAUCUUUAUGUGGUUCCAUAUGGAAGGUAUCAUUUGAUGGAGACCAUGCCCUUGUCCAUGAUGAAACAUCUAGAAGAGGAUGUGCCCCCCGUCUUUAUGAUUCUCGACACGUACGAUAAAGAUAUCAAGUCGAACCUACUACCUGGAACUCAUCUAUUCUGUGUUUAUGGAGACAACUGGUUUCAAUCCGUCAGGUACACAUUGAGAUGCCUCGUUGCUGUCCAUCCUGAGGCGGACUGUGUAAAAACUAUACAAACCACUGAAGAAAAGUUGGCUCUCAAGAAGAAAGAAUUGGAACAGUUUCAGACGGAGUUUUGUGAAGUCAAGAAAAAGUAUGAUGCUGCUAAAGAAAGGCUGGAGAAUGACGUAAAGGAAAUUACAGAACUUGUUCAGUCAAGAGAGGGAGCUUAUACAGAGUAUGCAGAUGAAUCUGCAUUGAAGUAUAGCCAUGUUCCAUCAGCUUCAAGGAAUACUACAAAUUCUGCCCCAGGAGCUAACAUCCCUCUGAUUGGAGGGAUUACUGGAGGAAUUGGGAAGCUCUUUGGCUAGACAUUUUAUUAAUUUUAAUCCUAAUAUAUUUAUGCUUAAUUGUGUUCUGAACCUGAUCCAACACUAGAUCUGCAACAGUUGACUGUUGAUAGAAAACAAAUCAUUUACAGACAUUUCUUAUUCUAGUUUAACGUGACUCCAAUUGUUGUGAUUUUAUCUACGCAUUUUAUUCUUUACCAUCAAUUCAACAGUCAACAUAUUCAUUUUUAAACUGCUUUCAUGUAAAAUAUUCUUUAUUUCUGAACUAUAUAAUUCAAUAAGAUCAGAUUCAAAGUAUUUAACAUUUGGCAGCUGUUUUAGAAUCCACUAUUAUGUAUGUACCUUUUAUUCUGAUUUACCCAUGGUUUCAAGACCCCAUUUCAAAUUAUUUGUAUUUCAAUUCUAAAAAUAAAUGUUUAGAAACUGUU